AUGAAAAGUAGAGUUUUUGGUGGGCUGAAGGUGAGCAGAUCAAAGUCGUCGUCGAUAAGUUGCUCCUCUUCCACGUCCCCUUGGCUGAUGCUCCCACCGGUUUCCAAAGAUAACAACAAGUUAGAUAUGGUUUACCAGUUCUACAGCCUUGGCGAGGACAAAGUAUUAAGUGUCCCCAAAAGACCCACACCAUUACCAUCAUCAUCAUCAUCCGAAGAAGAAGAAGACGAUGGGCCGAACAAUGAUGCCAAGAUUGUGGGAUCCUCACACGGCUGGCUUGCCCUGUUCCACGAGCAUAACUGCGACUUAUUUCUCUACAAUCCCCUCACUGGCCGCCACUUUAAGCUCCCACCCAUCCGCACCCUUCCCCACAUCCCCGACCCUAAUUUGAAAAGGGGCCGCGGCUGCCUUACCAGCGUCGUCGUCUCCAGCUCAUCCUGCGACAACGAAUGGCGAGCCGUCAUCACAUACGGUCCCGAGCAGAGACUGGCAUUCUGCUGCCCCGCCCAAGCCCCAACCCCAACCGAGUGGACCCCACUCGGUGACAAUUAUCAGCACGAGUCCAUCGCCUAUUCCACCCGGCGGAACCUCUUCUUCUCUGCCCCAAGACAUAAGGACCAUCUCGAGGCAUGGAAUCUCUCUUCUUCUUCUUCAACCACAAUGACUCAGCUACCCGUGUCCGCUGACCCAGACAACUACCCGCUGGCUGCCCGCUCACGGUUGGAGUUGGAUCUCAAAGUCCUGUGCGAAGACUACAGGUUCCUUGUCGUGGCCGAGCAGUCGGAUGAGCUUUUCCACGUCCGGCGCUUUGUGUUGCCGUGCAUGGGCCCCGACGGCACACUAGUGGAUGAGGUCUGGUACAACGGUAGUUUCCCGGAAGACAGGACACCUUACAAGACAGUUGGGUUUGACGUGCACAAGUACGACCCGCAUACCGGCUCGUUGAAGUACAUGGAUCGCACUCUGGAUGGCUUGGCCUUCUUCAUUGGCCCCAACGACGGGUUUGCUCUGCAGGCGGCUGAUUAUCCCGGGCUGAAGCCCGACUCCAUCUACUACACCGAUACCAGAUGCCCGCCUGAGUGGGAUGAUAAACCAUAUGGAGGCCAUGAUGUCGGUAUCUUCAGCUAUCGAGAUGAGACUUUCUGGCCGUGCUAUUAUUCAUGUGAUAUGAGCAAAGCAAUGAAGAUUGUGCCCGCGCCAAAGUGGUUCACUCCCACAAUGCAACCCAACCUUGUUCAGCUUGAUUUAGAUUUUCAUUUAAGUUGA